GCCAUUUAGUCGCAGCGUGAGUCAUUGUUAGUCGAUAGUUCUCCGCGUGUCGCAUAUAGAAAAACCAUUGUGGUAUACUUAACUAUAGAAAAAAGUUGGAAGCUAACAUGGUCUUUUACUUUCAAAACUGAAAAGUUACCAAGAAAAUGAGAAUGUGUCACAUUCGGUCAAACGGGACUAAAUAAACUCUCCAGCAAACAACAAAUUGAAAUUUUCCAAUCAGCUUUUAUUACAUUCUUGCGUUUCAUAGAACUUGUCGUUAAUAAUGUUAUUGUAUUUGAAUAUUAUUUUCUUGCUUCUAAUCCAAACAACGAACCAAAUCAAGUUUGAUACCAAUAAAGAUCUUCUUUUAACGAAGUAUACAGAUGUUUUUAAGCCCGGUAUGAAUGGAAAGCCGCAACUUGGUUCAGGACAAGCUACUUGUUGGGCCCGCGGUGGCGUCUGUGUACAUGUACGAAAUUGUCCUUCCAUGAACUUUGAUGCUGCAGCAUUUGGAUGCUCUCAGGGGUAUAAAGUUUGCUGCAGAAUCCUACAGCCAUUGUCUCCUACGGUCGGGAUUCAAAGAACAAACGAUGCUCCAUCCGAUUUAGGAAGCAGUUCAAGUGAAAAGCGUGAUACGAAAACGUUGAUUCUUUUAAUUUCCCGAUGAUAUCAUAUAAUUUCUUUUAUAAAAAAAAUAUAUAAAUGAUUUUUUUAAUA